GGAGUGUGCAGUCCGUCUGUUGACGGCGCCGGUGUAUACGGUCAUAUAUUCCGCAGAGAUACAAGUCGGGCCGCGCAUGAGGGACUCCGCGUCCGCGUCUACCUGGUACCGUUGUACUAUGUACGUUGUACUAUUCCUCCGCACCCACAAUAUUGUUUCUCCGAUGCCGGGCCCCUGAGGGCUUCUACCCAUUUUGGCUCAUACCACUAUGGCCACGAAGCACUCGAACUCCGCUAUUGUUAUGAGAGCUACGAGGUCACAGUGCAAUGCCCAUCAAAAGAUGUGCAGCCAUGAUGCGCUGAGCUGCCUCAAGAUAACAGGCGAGCUCUGUGUACUACAACAAGACAUAAGCUGAGAGGGAUUACAAAUUAGUCAGCAUACAACAUGUACAACGCAUCUCGGAAUGGAGAAACAUUAUGCCGGAACCAGCCUCGUGCUCUGCUUUGUCCCUAUCGCACAGAAAUUGUCGCCAGCAACAGUCAAACUACCAUCGCUGGUAACAGCUUUGGUAGAGCAGCACAGCUAGCCAGAAGAUGGCGAGCUGGGAAACGCAAGUGACAAGAAAAGCCAUCAGAGCUAGACAUGUGAAGACAAAGCGCAGAGAGCAGACGAUGGUACCACCCGAAAGGCGCACCAUGAAUAUCGGAUAGCCACAUGGCGAGGAAAUCAAUUACAGGGCACAACGAAUCGAUCAAUCAGAUCUCUCAUGAUACAGAUCCAAAUGGAGAAUUACCCAGCAAUACCCACCAGGCGCCCACUGGAACCGAAGCGACACAGGGCUACAGGGACCGAUUGGGGGUAUUUUGGGCCCUAUUUCGGCACUUGCGAGCAUUUUGCGGGUAUUCGGGUGAAGCAUGUGAUCACUGCCCGUUUUCCCUGCGCCGUCACCGCAAUCAUCAUCAGCACCGACUCGGACUGCCACUAUUAUUACUGCUGCAUCUUUUCUCCUGCCCACACACAUCAUCGCCGCCAGCACCCCCGUUGUUGCUACUCACCACAGCUACUACUACCCCUACCAUACAUCUUUGCUCUCUCCAAUGCUCGAGCAACUAUUACCGCUCUCAUAACACUCCAGGAGCUCGACACACCACUGCGCACGCCCUCCCAUGCCCUCACAAUGCACACCCUGCAACGUGUAGAUUGCUAGGCCUCGGCCCAUUUUCCUUCACCACUGGCAGCCUGUGACGGCCGCACCAACAUUCACUUGCCCUCACCAACCGGAAAACCUCAACAUCACAACUCGUUACAGCGCUCCCAAUGGACUCGCAGUCGCCCAAUCCUCCUUACGCCGUUCCACCUCCUUUCUCACCUCCCUUGUCCGCCCAGCGCUCCUCCAUAGACGCGCACAAGCCCAGUUCUUUCGACAUGGACAUGAUGCGCUCCGACGAUCGCUCGACCAGAGCUGCCAGUGUUCUCUCUGGCAUGUCGGCUGAAGACAUGGAGGCCGCCGAAACACUGAACAGUCUACAACAAAAAUAUCACUCCCCGAGGCAAUCUCAACCUGCCCCUACUCUUGUCCAGACCCAGACCACCUAUGACUCCGACCAGCCUGAACCACUCUUGAGGCUCUUUACCAGCCAGUAUCCUCUGGCAGGAAGUCUGAUCAAUGGGUCGCUGUCGGCCUACAAGACCACUCAAUCAUAUAUCCCUGGCGCCGAAUGGACCGAAAGAAAUGUGGGGUUGCCCAUAGCAGGCACAGUCGCCCGAAUAUCAGGCGUGGAGGGCGGUCUACGAUGGGCAUUACAGCCAAAGCGCGAUGAACGGUCGACCACCAGCGCAACGCAGCCACCGGAUGUAGAGAAGGGCUACUCUGACGUUGCUCCCGAUGGUACUCGCCGUUCGAGUUCCGAGAUGAUGUAUACCGAAACUCCUCCAGCAUACAACCCCGGCGACCGUUCUCCGCCAUACACCGAACAGCAAAUGCUCUCGACAUCUCGCACAAACCAGCCGCCCCCUGGCUGGCGUCAACAACUCGUCAUUUCCACCAGUGGACUCGGGAUCGCAAUGAGGGAAGAGUCGAUCAGGAGUCUCCGCUAUUGCUUAAGCUGGCUGCGCUGGGCCAAUGGCCGUCUUGAUGAAGCCAUGCAGAACCUGAGGACUCUCUUGGCUCGCUGGGACGAAGGCAUCACCCCUGGCGAGCACCCAUCUCCCAUGUCUGUGGCCAGCAUGACCCAAAGCCAAGAAGAGAGGAGACAAGCCGCGCUGACGGCGCGGAUCAAUGCCCUCAAGGCCGACGUACUCCAGACCCUCAAGCACGUUGUCGGUAUUGUAUCCAACUAUGCCGGCGGGGCAUUACCUCAAAACGCUCGUGAACUGGUUCAUCGACACCUGAUCAGCCUGCCACAACGGUUCAACAUGGCCAACAGGGCCGGAGUGGAAGACUCGGGCCCCAGCUCGGCGGGUUGUUCUGAAGCGGUCAAGAGUGGAAAGCGAGUCAUGUUGCUCGCCCAAGAAGGUCUGGACAUGAUGACCCAGGUCAGUCGGGUGGUCAACGACACUCUUGUAAGUGCGGAGGGCUGGUGUGAGAAAUUGGGUAGGCGGCCACCGCCGCCGCAACCACAAUCCCAUCUUGAAGCACAGGGUAUGAUGCUGAAUGAGAAGAUGAAUGGCACCACCCGAGAGACUGAGUCGGUGACAGUGACUGCCAAUGUGGAAAACAGAGAAGGCGAAGAUGUCAAGAUGCAAAUGUAACAACAGAUAAAUGCCGAGAUAUUUGGUAUUCUUUGUUGUCUUGUACUUUGGGGACUCUUUUGUCUCCUGGUCACGAAAGGGCAACUUGAACUAUAGGAUAUAUUGAAUGAAUGACUUCAGCAUAUCAUACAAUGAUGCCGUGCAUGAGGGUGAUUGACAUGCCAGUGCAGUGGUGGAAGACCUCCACGGAAAAAUUACCAUUUACCAUAGGUAGCUGAGUUUCAUGCGCACUCCAGCUCUGCUUGAACUUGUGCUUCGAGUUCACACUACAGUGUAUCACAAAAUAAGAAAUUCAAAUGCUUGUCCAUUUUGCCCAUCAAUCCAGAAAAUAUCAAUGUGCACGAGCAUGCAGACGCUGUAUGUUCCAAGUCAAUUAUUGUGAUUUACUUCUGCGUUGUUCUUGAAGUCUAUGGACAGUCGAAGACAAACAGACAGAGACGGGAGACAGCACCAUGUCUACCUGGUAGAGCCAUAUGCCUAGAACUUUAGCAUUAUACUGCCUGCAGAACUACCACUAUCACAACUAAUGCAGAGAGAAAAGGUAUCACUACUACUAUCUGUGGCUGUAAUUAUCCCUACUACUAGGGACGUAGCAGUGCAAAUCUCCUGCAGAAAAGCCGAGCACAAGCUCUGUCACUGGCAGGCUAGGGGGCCCUGUCCACAACGCCACGAUCACUAUUCCUCUUCUUCCUCGGCCACAACAGGGAUCAUGCCCCGACGAGCAGGACGAGGACUCCCGACCGGCCAGGACAAAAGAUCCUCGAUCCUCCCGAUCAACGGAAUCCAAGGCACCUCGAAGCCAUCUGUGUCGUCGGCCUCGACCAGUGGCACGACCCGGUAAUGUUCCCGUCUCCC